AUGCUGCAGCUUUUCUUUACGGUGGCUUUCUCUGCGGUGCCUUUGACUUUGUACAUUCCACCUAUGAGGAGCUUGAAUCUCUUUGUGGAAACCAUGGAAGGUCUGUUAAGGGAGUCAAGUGUUUAUACCACGAGACUCUAUCCUCGUGCAAGGCACGCGUGGUCUAGGUUCUUGGAUAUCUUGCUUUGCAAUUUCAGGUUAGGGUAGAAGAGGAUGUUCAUGUACAUUCUUCUUCUUCUUAUCUGCUUUAUUUUUAUGGUCUUAGAACUGAUGUAGAUUGCAAUAAGUUGUUGUUACUUUAAUUUUAAUUUUGUUGGAUGUGUUUAUGAUUUUGUGCGGGAUUACGAAUCAUAGAGAAAAGCUUGAGGGUUGUUAUAAGGAUGCUAUAUAAAUUAAGAGUAAAUAAAGGAUGGUUUUCUCUCU